CAACAAACCUCAGCUUUAGACUUUUCUCGUUGCGUAACAAUGUGCAAACAGAGCGUCGUGCUGAGCGCGAGCUGAGCCGCCGCCGCCGCCGCCGUGAACCCACAGUCAUGUCUGCGUGUGAGUUUGAAUCUGUGGAGAAGUGCCUGGAGGCGCAUCUGCCGCAGGCCGAGCUGAGCGAGGUCCGGCGGGUUCUGUUCGGAAAGGAAACGCUGAAACUGGACCUCCCGACAUCAGCCGCGGAAGCUGCCUCUGAACGUGACUUUGAGCUGAAGGGUUUCAGGUUCGAAGCCGCUCCAGAGCAGCUGAGGCCGCCCAGGAGGGUCCGGGUGGGACUGGUUCAGCACCGCAUUGUUCUGCCCACGGACGCCCCCGUUCUGGACCAGGUCAGCGCCGUGCACAGCCGCGUGGGGGAGAUAGUGGAGGUCGCAGCCAUGUGUGGGGUGAACGUGGUCUGCUUUCAGGAGGCCUGGACCAUGCCCUUUGCCUUCUGCACCCGCGAAAAAGAGCCGUGGACAGAGUUUGCUGAGUCGGCGGAAGGAGGAAACACCACGCGCUUCUGCCAGGAGCUGGCCAGAAAACACAACAUGGUGGUGGUUUCCCCGAUGCUGGAGCGGGAGGAGCUGCACGGCACCCUGUGGAACACGGCGGUGGUGAUCUCCAACACUGGCAACGUGCUGGGAAAGAGCCGCAAGAACCACAUUCCCAGGAUCGGGGACUUUAAUGAGUCCACGUAUUACAUGGAGGGCAACACCGGCCACGCCGUGUUCCAGACUCAGUUCGGGAGGAUCGCUGUGAACAUCUGCUACGGCCGCCACCACCCUCUCAACUGGUUCAUGUACAGUAUGAACGGAGCUGAGAUCAUCUUCAACCCGUCGGCCACCGUCGGAGCUCUCAGUGAGGCCAUGUGGCCAAUAGAGGCCAGGAACGCAGCCAUAGCGAACCACUGUUUCACCUGCGCCGUCAAUCGAGUUGGAACGGAACACUUCAAAAGCGAAUUCACAUCUGGUGAUGGAAAAAAGGCCCACCACGACUUUGGUCACUUCUACGGCUCCAGUUAUGUGGCUGCUCCCGACAGCAGCCGGACCCCGGGGCUCUCCAGAACCCGUGAUGGUCUGCUGGUGGUAGAAAUGGAUCUGAACCUGAACCGGCAAAUGAGUGACAAGUGGAGUUUUAAGAUGACUGGACGAUAUGCUGAAUAUGCGGACGAACUUACCAAGGCUGUGAGACAGGACUUCAAACCAAACAUUGUAAAAGAGUAGCUUGUCUGGAGAGUUAUUCAUUUUGUUUCAUCAAACUUAACCUCAAAUAAAAAGUCAAUGAAAUUGUUGACAGUAUAAUCUCAA